UAUCAACACUGGGGACUCACAUGGAGGGAAAUGUGGACACAACAAACACGCUUAGUAAAUAGUCCAGGCACAUUUAAUGAAAUGAAUCAGAGAUUUCAUGUUAGUCCUAAAACUAAAUAAACCAAGCACACUAUAGUGUCUGUACUGUAUUAUUCAUUAUUUCUUUUAUUUUUUAUUGUGACCUGGAGAGCAGUUAGUGAUGAGCUCUUCACUGGUGGUUCCUGUUAUAGAUGUUCAGAGUAAUAACUUUAAAGAGUUAUGGCCUGCUCUAGUGCUCGCCUUUAAAACCUCCUCCUUUAUCGCCCUGGACACGGAGCUCAGCGGGCUCGGGGCGAGGAAAGCUCUUCUAGCAGAGUCGAUCGAGGAUCGUUAUAAAGCGAUAUGCCACGCCGCGCGCACGCGCUCCAUCCUGUCUCUGGGUCUGGCCUGUUACAGGAAACUCGAUGGCAAAACGGACAGCACGUACCUGACUCAGGUGUACAACCUGACGCUGCUGUGUGCCGAGGAGUACGUCAUCGAACCGCAGUCUGUGCAGUUCCUGGUGCAGCACGGGUUCGACUUCAACAAGCAGUACGCUCAGGGAGUUCCCUACGACAAGGGCAACGACAAGGGCGGAGAACCCCAGGGUGUGACGAUGCGUACGCUGUUCGUGGAGCUCCUGAGAGCCAACAAGCCGCUGGUUCUCCAUAACGGCCUGAUCGACCUGGUGUUUCUGUACCAGAGCUUCUACGCUCAGCUGCCUGAGAGACUCGCGAGCUUCACCGCCGACCUCUCGCAGAUGUUCCCCGCCGGCGUCUACGACACCAAGUACGCCUCCGAGUACCAGCUCCGCCUCACCGCGUCCUACCUGGAGUACGCCUACAAGAAGUGCAAGCUGGACAACAGCAGAUCCAUCGACACCGCUCAGGCCGGACCUCACCUGUUUCUGGAGUUCUGUAAUUACACCGGGCGUGUGCAGAGCUAUGUGGACUACAGACCCUGCGGGGACAGCCACGCCCAGGACGGGCCGCUGAACGUCUGCGUCCAGUUCUCGGCUUACGGAUGGUGCCCCAACGGCUCUCGCUGCCCCAUGUCACAUGACACAGACCUCAUCAUCCGGCAAGAUGAGAAGAGCAAAGAGGACAAGCGGAAGAAAAGGAAGCGCAAGAGAAAGAAGAAAAAGGCUGCAAAGGAGGAGGGGGAGGAGGAAGACGAGGAGGACGACGAGAUGCCGCAGGAUAAGAAGCCUCACACCGAGGACAUGAACGAGGACCCUGAAGAAGAAGACAAAAAUGUUGACGGUAAACACUGCGCACAGGACGGAGAACUGCCGAGCGCCGAAACUCCGGCUGCAGAUCCUGUGAAAGAGGGGAGCGACGCUCCUCAGAGGCCCGAUCCCACGUCUGACGGCAAAAACCGGAAGGUGGAAGCAGGAACGCACAGAGCCGGUUUCGACGCCUUUAUGACCGGAUACAUUUUCGCCUUCGCGAGCCUCAACGCAGACGGAUCGGACUCCUGGAUUCCCGAGUGCGCCAAUAAGCUGUAUCUGAGCGGCAAGAGCGUGCCGCUUCACAUCGCCAAGAGCAGCUUCUCGAAGUCCACGAAGGCUCAUGUGACCAAAAUGGAGCAGGUCUGGAAAGGACAGUUUCCCAAAGCGGAAGAGAUCGUGUAAUGGAAAUUUUGAUUUUUGUGGGAAAUGUGAUUAUUUUUCAUAGUGCCCUCUAGUGGCAUAAUAAAGAAUUUUGAUUUUAUGUAAAACAUGAGAGAAUUAUUCUUUGUUUUAUAUAAUAUUCUAAAAUUUAAAUUUUUGAUUCUCUAGAAAAAAAAAUGUUAUCACAGUUCAUGAAGGAAAUUCUUUCUUGUGAUUAAAAAAACGGUUAUCACAAAAAACAAAUUUUCUUUGUGCGUUCUUGUUUGCUUUGGGAAACUGUGAUUUAAUACUUUUCUAGAGUGCCCUUCAGUGGCAUAAUCAAGAAUUACAAUUUUAUAAUAUUACAUAAAACGGUAAAGAAUAAAUUGCGCAAUGUUUUACAUGAAAUCAGAAUUCUUUAUUGUUCCACUAGAGGGCACUCUAUAACACACUAAAUCGGAGUUUCCCAAAGGAAACGAGAAUGCAUGAAACAUUUUUUUUUGUAAUAAAUGUGAUUUAACAAAUUUUUUAUAUAGUGCCCUCUAGUGGCACAAUAAAGAAC